UUACCUGUCUUAUUUUGUUUCUUAACCUGGUUAUAUCCACUUCAUGUACAGCGGUUCGUUGCCGGGGCAGAAAAAGUCUGAGGAUUGCCGAUCGGUUCUGCCCAGUAGAGACCGUAAACGCCAUCAAGUUACUCUCGUUUUGUCGCUAAUUACUUCUAAUGUCAUUAUUAUCUAAUCUCGCGAGAACAACUGCCAAUAUUCGCCCUUUAAUGUGUUUAAUUCCAGAAGUUCUCAAAGCGUUAAGUUGCAGAGCCGGGUUUUGAGAGAGUUGACUUUGCUUUGUCUGGAAGGUUUUAAAGGGGUUUUUUUUUGUGAGUGAACGCUGUUAAGUGUCACUGACAAGUUUCACCUGUGAGUCUGACGAACAUUUCCGCGCUUCAGGGACAUAGGGGCUGCUAUGAAUCGUAUGAAACAGAUUCCCUUCACAGUCCCCACCCAGGCUACUCUGACCAGGAGGAUGGAGAGGGGCUCCUCGGAGGAGUUCCGGUCCCAGAGUGGGGGGUUGUCAGAGCCUACCUCACCCCUCAACGUCAAACGACCGUCAGUGGAGAUCCCAGGGGCCUACGCCCUGGGCUCCAUCGACCCCAGCCUCUACAAGAUAGUGGACGAGGAUGACGACUACGAGAUCCCCCUGGAUCACAUCGGCAGGGUGUGGUUCGCCGUGGAGUACGAGCGGGAGACAGAGAAACUGCUGGUGACACUAAUGAAGGCAAAGAACCUCCCCACACGACAGUACGGCAACAACAGCAGCUGUGACCCCUUCAUCAGAUUGUACCUAAUGCCGGAUGAGCGCCGGUAUUUACAAUCCAAAUUCAAAAAGAAGACCUGUAAUCCCAAGUUUGAAGAAAGUUUUGUAUUUCAGGUGUCUUACAGGUCGUUACAGGACCGAGUCCUGAAGAUCACAGUUUAUGACGUGGACCGUCACCGACGUCAUAAUGUGAUAGGUCACGCCCUCUACCCGCUCAAGGACCACGGCGCCGAGAGUAACGAGCGACUCGUCAUCUGGAGGGACCUCGAAAGGGAAGUAACUGAGUCUACGGCCGACAAAGGCGAGCUUCUGGUGGCUCUGUGUUACAACAAUCAUCUGGAGCGCCUGACGGUGGGGGUACUGGAGGCCAGGGACCUCAAAUACGAAAACCAACCCAGUGAUACCUAUGUAAAAGUGUGUGUUCUUGUUCAAAACAAAGUGUUAAAAACCAAGAAGACGGAAGUUCUGAAGAAAACAGACAGUCCAAACUAUAAUGAAUCGUUUACGUUGAAACUUCCGGUAACCAGCUUGGACGCCGCCAGUCUAAGUCUAACCAUCAUGCAACAUUCCAGCGGUCAUAAAGAUAAAAUAAUAGGCAGAGUGAUUUUGGGGUCUUUCAUGUUUGCCAGAGGUAAAGAGUUGGAUCAUUGGAACGAGAUGGUGGCCAAUCAAAGGGAUCAAGUGACCCAGUGGCACGGACUGGUCUGAGUGUCCGUGUGUCUGGUUGUCCGUGUGUCUGAGUGUCCGUGUGUCUGGUUGUCCGUGUGUCUGUGACACCCAGACUGACCGGGGGCGGGCUGAAUCAAUCUGUCUGUACUAUACAAAGAGUGACACGAACUGGUAGCCUUUUGGUCGUGUGUUUGUGUAACAGAAUGUGAUUGUCCGUUUGUCUGUGUCAACUGCUUUAACAAUCCAUCUAUUGCCUUUGCUGUUUAUGAGGAAUUAUGGUUACAGUUCAUGAGGACAUUAUCAGACUGUCGAGUUUGAUUCAUCCUCCAUACCUUGAUUUAUUGAGUGAGAGUGAAUCAGACAGUUUGUGUCCAUGUAAUCGUCCAUGUUUGGGAUUUCGUCAUCAGCAAAUUUAACUGUUGUAAUAUGAGACACUUCAUAAUCAUGUUAACCAUACGUGUAUAUCAGUUAUUAUUCUCACGACAAUAAAAAAAAUGUUUGCAUAAAUACA